AUGUUCAACAGUAGCUUGUAUCUCAGGGUCGCCACGAUUAAAGGUCAGUUUCUCGUUUCUCAUCCAUUAUCGCUUUCAUAUUUCCACCAUAUUGCGGGGAAAAACUGCGGAAUCCACUGGUGGUUUUAUGAACCCGGAACAAAGGAACUGACCUGCGUUUGCAACGUGUCAAACGUGCUGGGUAAAGAUGGAAAGCUGUUAAUAGGAGGUGGAAAUUCACGCGGGAUUUUGUCAAUUGCUGAGGAUAAAUUUAAAGCAUAUGAUGAUAUCUUGCAAGGGUCAUUCGUAUAUGCACUGAACAUCUGGACCGAGUGGGAUGCAAAUCAAACUGCUCGCAGUCUAUUUCCUCCUCUAGCACCCACUGUUUUCGCGCAGCCACAUGUGCAUUGUGAUCCACACCAACACAAAAAUAACACUUAUUUUUGUGUGAUUGUACACUACAACAUUGAAAAUGUUACAUGGGAUUAUCCAGAAAAUUGGAUCGGCCCAGUGAGAUACCUCAGAAAUAUUUUCUACGAUCAGAGAAAGAUAACGGUUCAAGUUGUCGGAAUGCAUUGGUCGCCGAAGCUCUCAAGUGACAGUGGGCAGUUUCAUGUGGACACCGUCGUGGAAGUCAAGGCAGGGGAACCCGACAUCUGCAACUCGUUUUCAAGAGAAAUCCACCGAGAUUCUUUGAAGUUUUUGACGAAGUGUCGCGUGGAAUUCUUUGAAAGAGCGAUUACAACGCAAUCGAAGUUAAUAGCAAAACUAAACUUGAAAAUAGAGGCAAAAAAUACCGCUUGGAAAACAAACGCGAGGACAGCUUUGGGGAUGGCUAAUCUAUGGAAGCGGCAUAACGCGGGCUGUAUGUUUCCUGUCUAUUUACGAGAGGACACCGCCUCCUACGGUAUGCAUACCUUCUCAAAUACAAGAAUUAAUUAA